UUCGCACACUAACACAGCAAAGCAAUUCCGCCCACACACACGCACAACAAGCAAAGGGCACUCCCACACGACGACAACCCGGCCGCCAGCUAUACCACCCAACGCCUAACGACCCGACGUCCCGCCGAACGACCGACGCCAGGUACUUUUUCGCCCUCCUACCAGAUUUUCUGUCGACGCGAGGCGUUGUUUCUGUUUGAGCGCGAGGGCUGAUUUAUUGGUUUUGUUGUUUUCGCGCGCAGAAAAGAAUAGCACAGCAUGGCCGUAGGAAAGAACAAGAGACUUUCGAAGGGAAAGAAGGGUCUCAAGAAGAAGACCAUUGACCCCUUCACUCGCAAGGACUGGUACAGCAUCAAGGCUCCUUCGACCUUCGCCACUCGCGAUGUCGGAAAGACCCUUGUCAACCGUACCACCGGUCUCAAGAACGCCAACGAUGCCCUGAAAGGACGCAUCUUGGAGGUUUCCCUGGCCGAUCUCCAGAAGGACGAGGAGCACUCUUUUCGCAAGGUCAAGCUCCGUGUCGACGAGGUCCAGGGCAAGAACUGCCUGACCAACUUCCACGGUCUCGACUUCACGUCCGACAAGCUCCGCUCGAUGGUCCGCAAGUGGCAGACACUAAUUGAGGCCAACAUCACCGUCAAGACCACUGACGACUACCUCGUUCGCCUGUUCGCCAUUGCCUUCACCAAGAAGCGACCAAACCAGGUCAAGACCACCACCUACGCCCAGACCUCGCAGAUCCGGGCUAUCCGCAAGAAGAUGGUCGAGAUCAUCCAGCGGGAGGCUACCACCUGUAACCUGACCCAGCUUACCACCAAGCUGAUCCCCGAGGUUAUCGGUCGCGAGAUUGAGAAGGCCACCGCUGGAAUCUACCCCCUUCAGAACGUGCACAUCCGCAAGGUUAAGCUUCUGAAGCAGCCUAAGUUCGACCUCGGUGCCCUCCUGUCCCUGCACGGAGAGUCUUCCCAGGACGAUUCGGGCCAGAAGGUCGAGCGGGAGUUCAAGGACGUCGUUCUGGAGGAUGUGUAAAUUUUUUUGUGCUUCGGGAUAGCUGUCAAAAAAAUUUCUUGUUCAGAUCAAAAAGUUCUCGGUCGUCGUCGUCCUGUCUUGCAAAUGAGAGAGGCGUACACAACAUAACCAUCCGUCGUCUUUACCGCGCGGGGUUUACAUGCAUAACGACACGUCUUUGGGGUUUGGAUUGGGACAUUUUACAGGGUGUGCGGUCGGGUUCUUUGGGGUAAUCUUUUCUUCUUAGUUUAGGCGUACAGGAAAAUGUUUUCCAGCGGACGUCUAUCUUUUGUGCAAUCCAAACCCAUGUUUAGACUCG